AUGUCGCACUCAGAGUUAAAGGACAGUGGGAAUCGUUUCUUCGCCGCUUCUGACAAUAAACGGGCAAUUGAAUGCUACACUAUGGCGAUUAAAAAGAAUGGUUCGAUUUCUACGUACUACUCAAAUCGGGCUCUCUGCUAUCUACAGUUGAAGAUGUAUGAUCAAGCGCUUGCCGAUUGUCGACGCGCUCUCGAAUUAGAUCCGAACAAUUUGAAGGCCUUUUUCUUUGCUGGUCAAUGCCAUCUGGCAGUCGGCCAGUAUGAUGAGGCCAUUGCAAAGCUUACAACAACACAUUCUCUAGCUCUCGAAACUCACAAAAAUUUCGGAGAUGAUAUUACCGCCUCUAUUCGUCUUGCCAAACGCAAACGAUUUGAGCAGUUAGAUGAAAAACGCAAGCAAGAAGAAAUUGAACUUCAGUCGUAUCUGAGUAAACUUAUCAUUGAAGAUGGAAAGCGGCUAUUGAGGGUCGUUAGUGGUGAGGAUUCGAAUAAGUCAGAGGAAGAUUCAAAGAAGAAAUUUAGCGAGAAUAAAACUAUUGAAGAUGAUGAUAAGGACAUUACAGAUGUUAAUGUCCAAGUAUCCAUUCGCAAGCCACCUCUCACAGCAAGUCAAAUUGAAGCAGAAACGGCUGCUAGAUUACGAGAUUUGGAUGCGAUUUUCGCUCAAAUUGACGAUAGACGUGCCAAACGCGAAAUUCCCGACUAUCUCUGUGGGCAAAUUAGUUUUGAAUUGAUGCAGGAUCCUGUUAUCACCCCCAGUGGUAUCACUUAUGAACGGGAAUCAAUACAGGCUCAUUUGCGGCGGGUCGGACAUUUUGAUCCAAUUACACGUCAACCUCUGACCCAAGAACAAUUGAUUCCUAAUUUAGCCAUGAAAGAGGCGAUGAGUGACCAAAAGGAGGAAAUUUUGACUGCUAAUGCCAGUCGUUUUGCCCGAAGGCGAGGUCGCGGUCGUACGUCCAUGAAUAUGCGACGGCGUUUGGUGCAUCAUGAGGAAGAGGUUGUCACAGGCGCUUCUUUGGCUAACGAAACUACCACUAAUAAUAAUUCUUCAGAUGGAAGUGAUAAUAAUAAUCAAAUGGCAAAUAUCUCCGAUAUGACCCCCAUUGACCCUGAUGAUGAAUGUGUGAUAUGCCGGGAUCGAAAAGUGAAUCAGUCUUUUCUCAUACCGUGUAUGCAUACCUACUGCUACCAAUGUAUUCUCCGAUGGGUUCGUAUCAACCCCACCUGUCCGUUGUGUAAAGCCGCUGCGCAGAAAAUAAUCCAUUCAAUUAAUUCCGAUACGGAUUUUCGGGAGUACGAAAUUCGUUCUCAUCAGUCUCCUCAUCACAUCCCCAGCGGCAUUCAUAUCCACUCAAGCAGUCCUCACAUGUUUUUUACCCUCGCGCAUGAUAUUUUAGCAGCCGGCCCUCAGUCUCCUCAUGGUCCUGAAUUUAAUCCCGUGCAACUUCGCGCAUUUGACUUGUCUUCACGAAUUCACGGCUUUGAUCCAAGAGCGGAGGCUUUACUUGCUUUAACAUCCCAUGCUUUAAGAUCGCCACUGAGUCCCGACCUUCUAAGAAGACUGGCCUACGUGAAUCGAUUGGUCUCCUUCCCAACCAACUCCACUUUGCCGAUUUGCACCGUUUUUGAGGUUAUAGCCAAACUACGCGACUCUCAACCCCGUAGUACGUACAUUAGAAGCCUAGAGCUGUUUUGCCGUCGAGAAAUUGGAUACCUAGCUCCCUGGUUGGAUUACUCCACUUAUCGAAAUGCUCCCGCACUUGAAGUGGCCUGCAAGCCAAUUGGAUCACAAGCCUUGUGUGUUACUUCGAGAAGCGUGAAGAAUCUCUCACGUCGUAUUAUUCAGUGUAUCCAUGCGAAUCCAUAUCGUCUGAAUAGUGUUGCUGAGUUGGCAUCGGAAAUUCGACGCAUUGAUAGAUAUACAGCUGGUGGGGAUGAUAUAUUUCAACUUCUUUCAGGUGGCACUUUGCAACGAUUUGCUUGGGAGAUUAUCCAGUUCUCGCGGUUUAAUGGGAGCGUGAAUCAAUACUACGAUGAGAUUUCACUCUUUCGUGAUGACAUAAUUCGUCAUCGUAGUGAUCCCGUCCUGAGUAAUGCUGUCUACUCGUCCGCUAAUUGUGGCACCCGUACUCGAUUCGCACACAAUUUCGAUGAUAUCUGUAGAAAUACUGCGCAGUGGUUAUUCCGCAAGCUUACCGGUGCUACCCAUAGUCCCUAUACUCCACCAGCCUCUUCAAAUGCAAUAAGACCCCUGGAACAAAUCGGUUGCUCGUUAAGAGAUCCUUCCAUUUUCAAUCCUCGAAGUAUCCUUAGUCAUGGGAAUUUUGCGCAACAUCGAAUCGAAGGAAUUCGGGCACUCCUGUCUUUCAUGUGCAUUCGUUACCAUUCUCUGAGUCCUCAAACAUCCGUGAUCGAGUUAAUUGACAUGGGCAGGAGCUAUGGGAUAUGUGGUCGUCUUUCCACCUUUGAUCACCGCCUUCUCACUAAGCGUCUCGCUAAUGUCACUUUUGCAUUCACAAAUCGCUCAAUUGAACUAGGAUCUCUUCAUGAUAUCACCGACAAUAAUACGUAUAGGGUAUUCGCCGAAGAGAUAGCAAGUCUUAAUAAUAACUCUCAGCAGCUGAGGGUACCUGAUGAUUCGCACCUCUAUUCUUCAAGGUUUAUUGUCGUUUCAGAUGAAGACAGCAGUAGUAGUAGUAGUAGUAGUAGUAGUGAUGAUGUGCAAUUGCUAUCUGAAACUCGUCCAACAACUUCGUCAACGAGUGAUCUUCCCUGUUGUCGUGCCCAUAAGAGGCAUUGCUGUUGUUGUAAGAAACGAACUCCUAGAGUUACAACAAAUGAACCCAGUAUAAGGGUUGAAGGAAUCUCUGCUCUGUUUCAGGAAUUCCUUGAAUACUGGGAACAUCGAAGGAAACGAAGGCGAGUAGAGCCAAUUGAGAUUAAUACUCCUAAUGAUCCUAUUGUUAUUUCUGAUGACGAGGAAGGAGAUAAUGAAUCAAGUCAUGAACCGGGUCCAUCAAUCAGGCAUCCCGAAGAUGAUUUGGGAAUAGUGGAAAAAACGGAAGAGGGUACAGAGUUGAAGCAAAACAUUUUGCCACUCCCGACUUCCAUUUCACCUCAGCUUGAACGACCUGAAACUGCUGAUGAAUUCUAUACACUCUUGAAUGACGCUAUGAACCGUGACAAUAGUGAAGAAGCUCAACAACCUUCGGCACACCAACAAGAGGACAGCCCAGCCUUUCUACUGCAAAUUGAACAAUCGAAAACUUCCGAUAAUGAUGAAACUAGUUCCCAAAUUCUACUUCCCAACUCUUCUCCUACUCCCAUUUCCGAAUCCUGA